CCAAGCCGCCAGAACAUAAACGGCGAACGGGUUGCCGUUCAGUCAACUAUUUAGUACCAUAAAAAACACACAUUUGGAUCAAUUUAAGCGAUUACUCGUGUUUUGCGUGUAACAAAUAUGUGCUUAUCAGAUUAUUGCUAAGGGUGGCCAACAUGGAUUUUGAGGAAAUUCUAGCCAAAUGCGGCAAUAGUAGUCGUUAUCAGUUUCUCAUAUUGGCGCUCUAUGGCUACCUCAUGGUGGUCAUAUCCAUGCAUUACUUCUCACAGAAUGUGAUUAGUUUUGUGCCCGAUCAUUGGUGCUAUCAUGAGGAGCUGGUGAAUCGUUCGUUUGCCGAGAUUGAAGCCAUAUACUCACAAUUCAAGAAUCCUUCGUGCACCCGACUGGAUGUCAUCGAUUUGGCUAGUGGCAAUGUGACCGUGAGUGAUAAACGUUGCGAUCGCUGGAUAUAUCAUUAUGAUUUUGGCUAUAAGAGCAUGAAUACUGAGCUUAAUUGGGUCUGUGAUGAGGCCUACAAGGCGCGUGUGGGUCAAUCAUUGUUCUUUGUGGGCUCUGUGUGUGGCACUUUGGUCUUCGGUUUACUAGGCGAUCGCAUUGGACGCAUUAAGGCUUUGAUUUUGGCCAAUUGGUGUGGUUUCUUGGGCGAUUUCUCCACUAUAUUUACUCAAAAUCUAACUUCGUUCUCGAUUUGCCGUUUUGUGUCUGGCCUGGCAGCCGAUGCCAACUCGUAUCUCAUGUAUAUAUUGAUUCUCGAAUACGUUUCGCCUUCGCUGCGCAAUGUUGGCCUUAAUACUGUCUUGGGUCUGUUUUAUUGUCUGGGCUUGAUUGGCGCUUCUUGGCUGGCUGUUUGGGUUGGCCAUUGGCGCAUUUUCUUGGCCUGCUCCUCGUUGCCGCUUCUUCUGGUGACACUUUUCUAUUUCCUGGUGCAGGAGAGUGCCCAAUGGCUGGUCACACGCAACGAUAUUGACGGAGCCAUCAUGAGACUGCAACGUGUGGCGGUCAUUAAUCGUCGGCAAGUCAGUGAUGAUGACUUUAAAGCGUUUCGCAGCUAUUGUGAGCAACAUUAUCGACAGGAUGUCAAAGAGGACGAGAGCUCUAAGCAAACUAAGUUGCUUGACAUGCUGAAAACGAUACGCAUGCGCAGUACUGCCAUCAAAUUGUUGCUGAUUUUCAUUAUCAUUACGCCGUGUUAUAAUACCAUAGCCCGUAAUGUGGAGGGCCUGGUCAUAUCACCCUUUAUUAUGUUCUCAUUGAAUGCCCUGAUGUUGCCGCCUUCGGGUUAUCUUCAGGGACUACUUCAAGAUCGAAUUGGACGCAAGGCCACUGCAGUCAGUUGGAUGACAUUCACUGGAUUGUUUGCCGCUGCUGCGGGCUAUGUGAUAUCACUGGGAAAAGAUCAGAAUGUUAUCUUACUGGUGGGCCUAACGCUAGCUGCACGUUUCGGAGUCUCCAUUGCCGAUGGGGCAAGUUCUCAAUUCUCCACCGAGCUGAUUCCAACAUGUGUGCGUGGACGUGGCGUUGCUGUGGCUCAUGUUGCCGGCUUUGCGGCUUCAUUUCUCUCACCAUAUAUUAUCCAUUUGGGCACUUACUUUAAGCCAGCACCUUCCAUCAUAUUGGGCUUGCUCUUUCUAACGGGAGCGUAUGUGUGUCUUCUAUUGCCCGAAACACGUAACAGAAAACUGCCCAUGUCACUGGCCGAGGGUGAAGAAUUUGGCAAGGGGGAAGAAAUUUUUGACUUUCUUCACAAUUUGCGUAAGAAACGAGCUGCUAAAACAAAACCAUUGGAGGAAGACACCUUAAUGCCAAAGCAGCCAACUCAGAACUAAAUCGAAAACGAAACGAAAAAUAUUUGUUAAAAUCAAAUAACACUGUGUGACAAAGUUUUUGAUUCCAACAUUUUUCUCUUGAGAAGAACCAUGAUAAAAUAUAUUAAAUCUUCAUUUUUAGUUCAAACUUGAAGUCAAAUGUAUUACUUAAUCAAAACUAAAGAAUUAAGACUAGUUAAAUGAAG